AUGCUGAGGUUUUUAAUCUUUUUUUCCCUUCUCAUACACACAUGUGUUGCGGCACCCAAGAAACCUGCUGCUGCCGCGGCUGCUCCUGCCAAGAAAUGGCUCACCCUUAACGGACAAGAGCCUGCCGUUGUGGCAAGAGGGGGUUUCUCGGGUCUAUUCCCCGAGUCAAGCGCCUCUGCCAACGACUUGGCUCUUAGCACCAGCUCCCCUGGCCUCACAAUGUUGUGCAACCUUCAGUUGACAAAGGAUGGUGUGGGCAUUUGCUUGUCUGACAUCAGGCUUGACAAUGCAACCACCAUCGCCACGCUCUUCCCCAAAGCUCAGAAGACCUACAAGGUCAAUGGUCAGGACCUCAAGGGCUGGUUUUCCCUUGACUACUCUGCCGACACCAUCUUCUCCAAUGUCUCCCUGGUCCAGAACAUCUUCUCUCGGCCCAGCAUCUUCGACGGUCAGAUGCCGAUUUCCGCCGUGGAAGACGUCCUCGGAACCAAGCCUCCCAAGUUCUGGUUGAGCGUUCAGUACGACGCCUUUUACAUGGAGCACAAGCUGAGCGCAGCAGAGUACCUAAGAAGCUUGACAUUCCGUGGCAUUAGUGUCAUCUCAUCUCCAGAGAUCGGUUUCUUGAAGAGCAUUGGAAUGGACGCAGGAAGGGCUAAGACAAAGCUCAUAUUCGAGUUCAAAGACCCUGAGGCAAUUGAGCCAACCACGAACAAGAAGUACAGCGAGAUUCAAAAGGACCUUGCAGCCAUCAAGGCCUUUGCCGCAGGAGUUCUUGUCCCCAAAGACUACAUUUGGCCCAUUGACUCGGCUAAGUACCUUAAGCCUGCUAUCACCUUUGUGGCUGAUGCCCACAAAGCUGGUCUAGAGGUCUAUGCUUCUGGAUUUGCCAAUGACUUGCGCACCAGCUACAACUACAGCUAUGAUCCUUCCGCUGAGUAUCUCCAGUUUGUGGACAAUGGCCAGUUCUCUGUUGAUGGAGUCAUCACUGAUUUCCCACCAACAGCAUCACAAGCCAUCACUUGCUUUUCUCAGAAGGACAAUAUGGCCAAACCAGGGCAUGCGUUGGUCAUAACUCACAAUGGAGCAAGUGGAGAUUAUCCAGGCUGCACCGAUCUUGCUUAUCAAAAGGCGAUCGACGAUGGAGCAGACGUAAUCGACUGUUCUGUCCAGAUGUCCAAAGAUGGAACGGCUUUCUGCCAUGAUUCUGCAGACCUCACAGCAAGCACCAAUGCCAUGACAACUUUCAUGUCCAGAGCCAUCAGUAUUCCUGAGAUCCAGCCUACCAACGGCAUUUUCUCUUUUGAUCUCACGUGGGCAGAGAUCCAGUCUCUGAAGCCUCAAAUCCAGAGCCCCUUCUUGACUUCUGGGGGAUUCCAGAGAAACCCUGCAAACAAGAAUGCUGGAAAGUUCACGACUCUCGUUGACUUCCUUGAGAUCAGCAAAGCAAAGGCAGUCAACGGAAUUCUUAUCAACAUUGAGAAUGCUGCUUAUUUAGCAUCAAAGAAAGGCUUAGGAAUCGUAGACGUUGUCAAAACCUCUCUCACCAAUUCCACGCUUGACAAGCAAGUAACACAAAAGGUUUUAAUUCAGUCAAGUGACAGUUCUGUUCUGUCCAGUUUCGAGGCUGUCCCUCCGUUCACUAGAGUCUUGAGCAUAGACAAAGAGAUCGGAGAUGCUCCCAAGCCAUCCAUCGAAGAAAUAAAGAAGCACGCAGAGGCUGUCAAUCUCAAGAGAAGCUCUCUGGUCACCAUCUCCCAAAGCUUUGCCACAGGAAAGACAAACGUGGUGGAGGAAAUGCACAAAGGGAAUAUCUCUGUUUACGUCUCUGUGCUAAGAAACGAAUACAUCUCCAUAGCGUUUGACUACUUCUCUGAUCCUACGGUAGAGCUCGCCACAUUCAUUGCAGGGAGUGGCGUUGAUGGAGUCGUCACAGAGUUCCCUGCCACCGCUACCAGAUACUUAAGGAGUCCAUGCUCAGAUUUGAACAAAGACCAGCCCUAUGCCAUCUUACCUGCAGAGGCUGGCGCUCUUCUCUCUGUGGCAGCCAAGGAAGCACAGCCACCAACUGGUGCUCCAAACCCACCUCUUGACGCUAAAGACGUGAUUGAUCCGCCUCUGCCUCCGGUUGCAAACAUAGCCGCCUCUAAUGCAAGUGGAGGACCACCAAAUUCCCCACCUGUUUCAGGAGCCGUUGCCACCGCUGGUAAUCUCAGCCUUUCUUUGCUGGCAAUGUUGGCCGUGGGACUCUUCUGUGCUGCCUAA